AGGAUGUCACAAUUGACUGAUCGUAUAUUCUUGAACUAAAAUUGGCUUACUAUUUUUCGGCUGCAAUCAAUUUUACUUGCCGUCGAUUGGUUGCUAAUAAAACUGAGGAAAGCACAAGAAUAUGAAGUUUUUAGUGUUAUACAUAACUUAUACGGUUUCUUUCUUAACGGACAGUUCAAAUUUUCCAUAACUACUGCUUAAAUUUGUUGACUGUCAAAGAUUGGCUUUUUGCUGGUUGAAAUUAUAUUUUCAAUCAAGUUAUUUGCAAGUUUUUCCGGCACCCCCUUUUUUUUGGUGAGAAAAGGCUUGAGAAAUGAAGUCUUUAAUCUUGUUUUUAUUUCGCCACACCAUCUACUGUUUGAUGUUUUUUUAAUGAACCUUCUUGGUCUUAUUUUUCUUUUUGAUCUUCAUAAGUUUGAUUUUUACUUACUUUUAAGGAUUUUUACUUGCUUUUAAGUGCCUGUUUAUUAGAUUCCCGACUCUAAGACGUAAGUUUUUGUUUAAGCUACCCUGAAUAUGAUCGGUUGCUUCCGUGUCCCUCACAUAAUGGCCCCCCAAGAGUUGAACAUUUGGUUGUUUCGGAAGGAGGGCCUGUUCAGGAAUAUAUCUGUAAAGCUCUGGAUCUUCCUCCUCUAUCUCAUCCAUUUUGGAGCUGUAUAUUAUGCCCUUGUAUGUCCGAAGCCUCCUCCAAGUGCUACCUCUGAGCAAAUAAGAAUAUUUGAAGAAGUAACAGCACCAUCAGUACUGAGAAAGAGAGCUUCCAUCAAAGGGAAAACAAUACGAGAAGCACAAAAAACUUUUAGGAUAACUCAUAUACACCAGUUCGUUGAAGCUGGAACAUACUUGCGAGUGCAUGUGCAUCCAAAACGCUUCCCAAGGUGCUAUGAAAUUGACUGGAAAUCAAGGAUCAUAGCUGUGGCCGAGUCCUAUGUGGUUUUGGACAAACCUGCUGGAACAUCAGUGGGAGGAACAACAGACAAUAUUGAAGAAAGUUGUGCAACCUUUGCCACUCGUGCCUUGGGUUUAACAACCCCUUUGUUGACUACCCACCAGAUUGAUAAUUGCACGGAGGGCUGUGUUUUGUUAGCAAGGACUAAGGAUUAUUGCUCAGUUUUUCAUGGUAAAAUCAGAGAGAAAAAGGUGAAGAAGCUGUAUCUGGCUCUUGCUGCUGCAUCUGUACCAAUUGGAGUAAUUACCCACUACAUGCGUCCAAUAAACAUGGCUCCAAGACUCAUUUCAGAAGAUUUUAUCAAAGGAUGGAACUUUUGUCAACUUGAGGUCUUGGAAUGUAAAGAGGUUCCGUGGCCAAAUGCUUUCAUUGAAAAGCAAUAUUGCAUUGAAGAUUGUGGCUGGCCCUCCAAAGAUAUUGCAUAUGAGUGUAAAAUCAACCUUCUGACUGGCCGGACCCAUCAGAUUCGAGCACAACUGGCUUCCUAUGGUGCACCAUUAGUUGGUGACUCAAUGUACAUGCCAGCUGCAAUUGCGGAGAUGAAUAAUCCUGGGCUUAAUCCAUUUGGAAAAUACAAGAAACAUUAUACAAGUGAGACAGAUGAAGCAAUGGCUGUUAUGGAAUGGAUUUCACGACAUGGAAAGGAACCAAAGGUUGCAAUUGGUCUUCAAGCAUGUCAGAUCUCGUGGGAUGCCGGUGAACUCAUUUAUAAGGCUGGGUCUCCUUGGUGGAGACAUGAAAUAGUUUAGAAUAGGUACUUGGUGAUGAGGUUCAACUGCAGGGCUCAGUAAUUUUCUUCAGAUAAUGGAGGUCCAUGUUCCUUGUCACGGAUUAUUGAAAGCAUGACUCAAUCAAAUGAAGGAUGAAAACCGAAAUGGUCCCUGUUGUGGUGUUCACUUCAUCUCAUGAGAUGACUUUUGGUAGGAUUGUAAGGAGAAACGAGAACUUGGUUAGUUUUCCUCUAAAAACAGUUGACAUUGCAGUAAGAUAGUGACAUUAUUAGGGAGAACAUCUGCUUUUCUUAUCGCCUCUCCUCCCCCCCCUUUCCCCGGCAACAUUUUAUUUUUAUCAAGAGUGGGAUUCUUUUUGUGUGCUCGCCCGAACAUUUUUACACCCAAUUUCAUCUGAGGCUUUAUGGACAUGGUCAAAUGUAGGAACUUGGUUUUAAGAUGCACAUACCAUUAUCGGUGUAUUAAUUGAUGAAAGUUUUGUGUUGGGUCAAA